AUGAAUAUUAACAGAAUAAAUAAAAUUAUUCUUUGUUCUAAAGUGGAACUAAAGUCCAUAGAAAAAAUCGACUUUUACUCUGGCGCGACAAACAGUGUAGUAAAAGAUUUUUGCGCCUUCUUUUUCCCUAUUUUAAAAUACAACAAUUUCCACAUUCCAUAUACCUUUCAUCACACGACUGACGAUGACGAGAAAAUCGUGCUGUUCCCAAAGAAUAAAGAUAAACAUAUCAUUAAUUUGAGCUUGUACAAAUACAGUCAACAAAUAUAUGACAGAAUAAUAUUUUUAGACAAAAAAUUUUCCAAGUAA